GAUAACAAAAUAGAUGAUGGAAAAAAUGAUGAUGAUAAUAAUGUUAACAUAGAGGAUGGCGGUAGUGAUGAUGAACUAAAAGAAAAUUCCAAGUUUGAAAUAAAAAAAUGGAUAAAAAAUAAAAGCUCCAAUGCAGCACCAGUGGUUCGUCGGAAAUUGGAAGAUCUGGCUAGUAAAUUUAUAAAAUUCUUGGGUUUCGUUGGUCCCGGAUACGGGAAUUGGGCUACUGAUUUAGCAGGUGGCUCGCAAUUUGGUUAUUCACUUUUAUUUAUAAUUUUAUGUUCUAAUUUCAUGGCAAUGUUAUUACAAAGUCUAUCGAUUAAAUUGGGUGUAGUUACUGGAAUGGCUUGUAAAGUUUUUUAUCCAAAAUAUGUUGGUUACGUGUUAUAUGUAUUAGCUGAGCUUGCUAUUAUUGCAUGUGAUUUGGCCGAAGUUAUUGGCAGUGCAAUUGCACUUAAAAUGCUUUUUGGACUUGCAUUACCCUGGGGAGUUGCUGUCACUUCUCUUGAUGUUAUAGUCAUAUUAUUUAUUUAUCGUGAUGAUGAUCUCAGAUCUUCAAAAAUACUGGAAGGCCUGGUGAUGUUACUUGUUGCUAUAGUUGGAAUUUGUUUUGUUCUGGAACUAAGAUAUUCAGAACCUAAUCCGGCUGAUGUUCUAAAAGGAUAUUUACCUAGUUCAGGAAUCUUCACAGACUCUAGACAAUUGUACAUUGCGAUUGGUAUUAUUGGUGCAACAGUUAUGCCUCACAAUUUAUAUUUGCAUUCACACUUGGUCAAAGUUAGAAAACAUCGUGAAGAGUCAAAAGAAAUCAAUAACAAAGAAAAUAAAUUGGAAUCAGGUCAAGAUAUAGCAUCAACGACAUCAAUAUUCCAAUCUAUCGUUAGUCAUACAAUAACAUACUCAACAAUAGAUUCAACGGCUGCAUUAACUUUUGCACUUUUUGUCAAUUCUUCAAUUCUUAUCGUGGCUGCUUCUAAUUUCUUUUACAACGAAUCAGGGAGCAUUGAGGUGGCUGAUUUGUUUGAUGCAUUUGAUUUAUUAAACCAAUACCUUGGAAAAGCUGCUGGGACUAUUUUUGCAUUAGCAUUAUUGAUUGCUGGUCAAAGUUCAACACUUACAGCAACAAUUGCAGGCCAAAUUGUUAUGGAAGGGUUUUUAGGUUGGACAAUAAGACCAUGGUUAAGGAGACUUCUCACAAGAAUAGUUGCUAUAGUACCUGCCAUGCUAAUUGCCAUUUUUAGAGGUGAACAAGGAUUGAACGAAAUGCUGGUAGCAAGUCAAGUGGCUUUAAGUAUUCAAUUACCUUUUGCUGUUAUACCUUUAGUCUAUUUUACUAGCAGCAGGAAAUAUUGA